AUGUUUUCCGUUGGUAUACAAUGUCCAUGUCCCACCACCCGUAUCUCUGACUGUGAUUAUGUGACCUGCUGUCAAGAACUGGACUCUUUCGUUGCAUUUGGAUUCUUUUCCGGUCGAAUUCAACUUUACGUCGAAAAAUCGACAUCAGAUGGCACCCAGUAUGUUUUGUCACAGUCUUUGCUGUACCAUAAAGCGUCAAUUGCUGCAAUUGCGUCCCAUGUGAUGACGAUUGACGGGCGACCAAAACGACUCUUUCUCUCGCUCGAUGAAGACGCGACGUUGAGUCAGUGGAAUGCGGAAGAUUGCUCAUGUAGAGCUGUUCUUCAUCUUCCAGAACGGAAUCUCUAUCGAUUGUCUACCGUAUUGGGAAACUUUGCUCUUGUGUCUGGUUCUUCUCACAACAUUUACUGUGUUCGUAUUACUGACAUGCAGCUUAUUCGUACUUGGGAAGGACAUAGCGAUUGGCCUAUUCCUUUUUGCGAUUUAAUGAACUUCGAGCUCUUUACCUGUAGUCCUGCAGGGGUGGUCUAUCAGUGGAAGACAAAUUGGCGAACAUUAGCACUUAAUCUAGAGGGCGAAGCGAUGCGUUUAAGUCUCCAAGACGGUGAAAACGAACGUGUCAUUGAUGUACGUACCUUCCAGCACAUGAAGGAGUGCUACUGGCUUUUUGUCCUUACAGAUGGAGUUUGUAUCACCAACAAACAGAGAAUGAGUGAUUCGCUGUAUUACAAAUUACCAUUUCUUGUAUCAUGUAGCGUGAAUGAACAAGGUCAAUUGCUGCUGGUGUCACAUGAAAAAUGCAUGCGCGUUGAAAUCGACUAUCCGACGUUGAGUAUUCGGCACACUGAGUCCAUGGAUACUUUGCACCCGGAAGGUUUUUUCUCGCUCCUGCAGAACGAGCUGGCAGUCAUUAAUUACGACAAAAACAUACUCUAUAUCUGCUACCCGUUCUCCCCCAAGCAUUCCCCGACUGUAGUUCCUUCUGUGGAAGAACAAUCGACGUUAUUCAACAACGUUUAUGACCUUGAUGACCCCAUUUCAUUUGUAUAUACCUUUCAGUACGAUAUUUUUAUUGCGAAAGUCAAAUCGGGCUUGUCUCAGUAUGCUUUACUGGACUGGUUGAGCAGCACGGAACCCAAAUGCCUUCACACUUUUCAUGAAAUAAAAGAGUGUGUGACGACAAUGGCGAGCUUUGUCACAGAAGAAAAGAGCAUUUUGCUGUGUGCUGGAACGGCGAACGGAGUCGUCUAUUUUUAUGAGAAGAGGAAUGAUGACUGGACCUUAUUGGCUCGAAUAACUACUGCUUCACUUCCUAUCAAACGUGUGAUGCGCCUUUCGUCCAAGCAGCAUCGAUUCCUUGGCUACGUUUUGUGCAUGGCUUUUGAUGGUACUGUGUAUGCUUUCAACACUAACUUCAAACUAGCUGCUUUCCUCUCCUCGGACGGAAACCAAGUGUGUCGAGUCUAUGUUCCCGAAGGAACAGACGCAUUGGUUCUUGCUUAUGAGAACGAAUGCAUGGUCGAAUGGCAGUUAUUUACUGGAAGACAUCCUUUAAUAGCUGCGCUUCCGCCACAUGAUAAAUGGAAGUGCCUAUCUUUUCCACACGAACACAAUCCUUCGCGCAGCCUGGAGUCUGGAUCGUACUCGUGGAGAGGUCCAAACAAUACGUAUGCGCUUAUUGACUUCCACGUGUUGCUACAGAAAGAAGCGACAGCCACAUCUGCUGCGGUUGUUCAGCUCAUGCGUACACUUCCAGACUUUCUAACACUGCUUCGCUCAUACGUUCAGAGUCUGGCGGCUGCAACGACAAAUAUCGGCUCACAACGGCAGCUUUCAUUUGCUUACCCGGGGCCUGAAGGGUCGCUUGUCUUUGUUCAUCCGAACAAUGAGCAACUAGUGUUUAACCAUGCAUUUCACACAACACGGCUUAAGUGCGUUUAUGAAGCUUGUGUGCAUGCAUCAGCAAUUACUCUUCCUGAGUCUUUGACCGAGGAAUUUACUUACGAACGAACGUUUUCUAGUUUGAUUGACUAUUACACCCACGAUAUUGAAGUCGUCGCAAAUGUCGCACACAAGGGUUUCUCAGCGCUGGUACACGAGACACCCCCUUCUGAGUUAGACAAGCUCAUUCAUUUUUACGCUGAUCUUCUUAUCCCGUCCAAUACGUUUAGUAUCGUUUCGCAGGCGGACAGCACCAAGGCAUGCCGUAUCUUGGCAGCCAUUGCUGUUGAGAUUCCGGAUGGUUUAAAUCUCAAUUUGAAGAAACAAAUAGGUGACAGUGUGAUGGAUGAAAGCAUGUUGGAUACCAUACAAGACCUCAAGUUCGUGAUUUUUAUUAUCUGCACACAUUUCGCCCUUUGGACCAAAUGGCUUGAUCCAGCGCGUCUAGUGUUUGCGCUUAGCAAAGCGUUAAGUGUGUAUCAGCAGUUGACUGACGACAGCAAGAACAGCUUUUUGUCGACUUGUUUCGCUAGCGUAGCAAAAGACUGCAGCCUGCUUGUGCUUGCUUGUCUCGUAGAACAAGUGCGAGCCUUGAGCCAUGAGGUUAACAGCAGCAGUAGCAGCAAAGACCGUGAGAUUGCUGCAUCGAGUAUGGAGAUGACACGCCUCAUAGCGACACAGUAUCCACUGGAGAGGGAUACAUUCAUGCCGUUACUCAUGAACAUACUAUCAACUGUGGUACAAAAAACAAAGAGCAGCGAGCUCAUAAAACCGACACUGCAGGCGCUCACACGUACUCUUCCAGCUGUGUGCAUCGACAGCAGAAACGUUCGCUUGGCGUAUGUGAGCAAUGGCGUUCUAUGCGUGUACGAACUUGACAAAGGAGAAAGCGAGCAAUGUGAGCAAACAGUGGAUUUUACUGUGCAAGUACUAAGUGCGAGUGCGACUGGCAAUUACUACAUUGGAGUGAGCGAUCACGCGGACAAAUGCGCCGUGUGGCACUAUCAUGUCGGAAAGCUGAGCUUUAUUGCUGGCACUGGGCGUUCGUUGACGCUGAAGAAGACUGUUUCAUUUGAGCAAGACACAGAUAAGCAAUCCCCGACGGUGAAAUGGGUGGAUGCAAAGUAUGCAGAAAUUCAUUUCGACCGGCACAAAGUAAUUAUCCAGUUGUAA